AUGGCAGCCACCGUUCAAGGCCUUCCAACCCGUCUCUUCUCAAACUGCACCUUCAGUAGCAACACGGCGCCCACCUUGGGGGGCGGCGCUAUUAGCAUUAAUGGGGGCAAAAGCAUGGGCCGAGUGCCGGAUAUGCGCUUUGUGCGCUGUGCCUUCCAGGACAACAGCGCACCCACAAGCCUGGGAGGGGCGAUUUCGGUGGUGGGGAUGGGCUGGGUGCGGUUCGACAAGUGCUUGUUUUUUGGGAACCGUGCUGGUGUAUCUGGGGGAGGCGUCUUCUCGUCAGACACCUACCUCUCCUUCUCCCAGGCCACCUUCAAUAACAACAUGGCCCUCGGGAAAUACAAUGGCGGCACCGGUGUCUAUGUCUGCACUGUCUACGCCGUCUCAAACGAGCUGGUACCAAACAUGGCAGUUCAUUUCUGCUCGUCGUCCUUCUCAAGCAACAGAGGCUUCUAUAAAGACGGGGGCGCCCUGACUGUGCAGACUAACGCGGACCACCCGCAAUCCUUGGGGAAGGUGGCGUUUUGCGAUGGGGCGAAGCCAGUAGGGUCAAUAGUGCCCACGAUUGGGUGGUCACUGGAGUUUAACUGCCCAGCCAGGUGCGUCUUUGUCACUUUAGGUUCUCAAAAGUUUUAA